AUGGAUCCAAUGGAGAGCUUGUCGACGGGCCCCGUACCCAAAGACUUCAAGGCCGAGGAUGCCGGAAACAUGGAGGAGAUAGAGAAGCAGUUCGCCGUGAAGGUCGUCAAGCACAUGCAGACGUACUGGUCCAUCCUCGAGAAGGUCAAGGGCUCGACCAUCCGGCUGACCAAGAUGGACGACGACAUAUACAACCACCUCAAAGAGGCCUUUCCCAACUUCGACCCCGCUGCUACCAUUGACGAGGACGAAAUGAAGAGCAAGACAGGCAAGGAGCGCUGGAGGACCUUUAUGAUGACAUACGAAAAGAAAGUCGACGACUACAACUUUGGCACCAUGGUCCGAAACAGCCCCAAGGUCGAGUACGAGGAGAACACCACCAUCUUUGUCCCCAGAAUGCAGUUCUACGCUAUCGAGAUUGCCAGAAACAAGAACGGUUUGAACGACUGGAUCUACGAGCAGGCGCAGGUACAAGCUGCCAGUUCAAAGUAG